AUGGAAACUUCAAGUGGGCUGAGUCCCAGAUUGAGUUCAAUAGCUGCUAACAAAGGGAAAAAUGAGGACCCGGAUUUUGCAAACUUCGAAUUGGAGCAGGAACAACAUGUUUCUGGAUCGGAUCAUCAUUUUCGGUCAACGAAUGCGUUGGAGAUUUUGAGGGAAACAGUAAGAAUUCUAAGGUUUAACUCGACUGGAUUUAUGGCAAUUUUGGCUUUUCUAAUUUGCCCUGUGUCGGCUGUAGUUUUGUCAAAUGUGUUGGUUAAUCAUUCCAUUGUGAGAAUGCUGUAUAUAAAGUUUUUGCUGGUUGCUAAGUCGAGUGGCCUUCCACUGAGGCCAUUUGUUAAGCAUUCUUGUCAAAAGUUUUCAGAGAUAAUUAUUUCGGCUAUAGUGUGCUUCCCUUUAUAUAUUACAUUGUCAUUGCUGUCUAAAGCCGCUGUUGUGUACUCGGUGGAUUGUACUUAUGCCAAGAAGAGGUUUGAUUCGUCCAAGUUUUACAUAAUAGUGAGAAAGAUUUGGAGGCGUAUUGUAGUGACUUAUAUGUGGGUUUGUGGGGUGAUUGUUGGUUGUAUCACAUUGUUUUUUGUGCUCCUUUUUAUUGUGAGUAACUCGUUUUUGGUAAUGGGGUUUCCUUCAGACUUGAUCCUGUAUCCUGCCAUGGUAGCGGGGCUAAUUUUCUCCAUCAUUUUGGCGAAUUCGAUCAUUGUUUGCAACAUUGCUAUUGUGAUCUCUGUGUUGGAAGAUGUUUCCGGUCGUCAAGCGUUGCUCAGGUCUAGUUCACUUGUUAAAGGGCAGACUGAAGUUGGUCUUUUGAUAUUUCUAUUAUCAACUAUUGGGAUGGCAAUGGUAGAGGGGUUGUUUGAACAUAGGGUGAAGACAAUCAGUUAUGGGGAUGGUUCUUCAAGGGUAUGGGAGGGACCCCUUUUGGUUUUAAUGUAUUCCUUUGUGGUGCUCAUAGAUUCUAUGAUGAGUGCUGUUUUCUACUUCAGCUGUAAAUCGUUUAGCGCGGAAGCCUCAGCUUUAGAAAGUCAACCAGUUUUAGAAGCAUUGACAAUCUCCUUGGAAUCAACAGUCCUAGCUUAUCUGUCAGUUGAAUUGCUCAAAGUUACACGAACAGGAGAAGACUUUAGACCUUACGCAAAGGAACUGUAUUCCUUCAGCACAUCUUGGGAACAGUUGCACAUAACUGUGCAGAUGAGUUUCAUCUUUCUUGCAAUUUUAGAUGGUAUAAAGAUGAGGCCGGCGUUUAUGUUUGCACUAAUCACCUGUUUCCCCAAAACUGGAGUUCAAUCUUUGUAUUGGUAUCUGGGGUCAUCCCAGCUACUAGUUUUCUGCUAUUUGAACUCUCACAGUGUCCCGAUCUACCCUGUGGCAAGCAGGUAUAAAGACAUCUCCCGCUUCUUGUUUCUCGCUAGCUCUUUUAUAAUACUGACUGCGGUGACUCCGGCGCCGGUUUGUUCAACUUCCUCUACCUCUGAACCCUCAUCUCGGGAAUAUUUCUGUUUCAGGCUUGAAAUGAAUCGACAACGGCACGAAAAGAUACUAAAAUUCGAGGAAUUUAUUGAUGGCCGCUUGAAGCCUGAUCUGGUUCGUGCCAUAGCUGAAAGGGAUAAGGUUUUCGAACGACAGAAGAUUUUCUCCGAUCUUAAGAAGAAUAUAGAGAAUCUGGAGAAGUAUAAUGUUACAAGUCUCAAGACAAUGGUCAAUCUCGGUUCUGAAGUUUACAUGCAAGCUGAUGUGCCUGAUACAAGGCACGUAUUUGUAGAUGUUGGACUUGGGUUUCAUGUCGAAUUUACCUGGUCUGAGGCAUUGACUUAUAUAGCAGCGAAGGAGGAAUCUUUAGAUAGGCAAAUAGAAGAAUAUACUCGCACAAUCGCCACCAUUAAAGCCCAGAUCAAGCUGAUCAAGGUCAUGUGUAUACAUGGGGGCUGGAAAGAAUGUGUUCCAUCUGGUACAAUUUCCCGUAAUUUUGUUGCCGGGGUAACAGGUGAAGGUGAGGCUCCAGAGAAGCAAAUUUCAGUGUUGACCGAGCAAGAUAACACGACAUCUGAAGGGGAACAGGCCAAGCGAAGGAGAACAUCAUCUGCAAAAUCAGAGUUCAUCCCUGCGGAUAAUUUCUUCUUCCUGACUAAAGAUUUUACUAAGUUUCAACUGACAAAAAUUUCUUCUGUGCCGCGAAAAGUUCCAACCUAA